CUGCCAACCUCACAACCGUAUCAAUCUUGCCAAAUUAUCUAAAUCAGUAAUACGGUGUGUGCGCAAGAGGAUUAAGCCUUUUGAAAGGCAGACUCCGUCAGCACAAGGCAUAAUGCUAGCUUUCUGGCGUCGGCUCCUCGUUCUUGUUGCGCUCGCAGGCGCCCAGUCUCCAGUGACUGUCCACGACAGCACGCGUAAUCUGACUUAUAUAGGCUAUAACUACAGCGGAGUUGAGAAUUUUCAAGCCAUCCGAUAUGGCAAGGACACCUCUGGCGCGAAUCGCUUUAAGCACCCCCAAGCGUUCACUUACCAGAGUGGCACCACUGUUCAAGCCACAGCUGCUGGUCCAUCCUGCCCUCAAAAGACUCUGCAAUCGUUCGUUGGCCUGACCGUCAAUGAAGGUGUCUACAGUCUGUCUGAAGACUGUUUAACUCUGAGGGUCGCAAGACCAGCCAGGACCAAGCAGAAUGCAAGAUUGCCAGUGCUAGUGUGGUUCUAUGGUGGAGGUGAUGAGUAUGGGUCUACGAACUAUUCACUCUAUGAUCCAACUGCUCUCGUUCUUGGAGCCCAAGCAAAGGGCACUCCAUUGGUAUUUGUGGCGAUGAACUACCGAAUGAACAUUUUCGGCUUCGGCAACAGUCCAGCACUCCGUGCCGAGAAGUCCCUAAAUUCGGGUCUUUUGGACCAGCGGCUUGCACUUGAAUGGAUUCAGAAGAAUAUUGCAGCUUUCGGAGGAGAUCCUGAAGAAGUGACACUUUUCGGCGAGAGCGACGGCGGCACUGGAAUAGGAUUGCAAAUGACUGCUUAUGGCGGAAAAGGCUCCAUUCCUUUCCAGCGUGCCAUUAUGCAGUCAGGCUCGCCAGCAGGAGAUCCGGGAGUUUUGGGUAAUUUCACAGUGACCAGCACAACUACUGUGGCUCAGCUUGCUGGGUGCACCGGCAAAAAUAGCACAAUUGUCCUGGAUUGUCUUCGUCGGCUACCGAUGACCCAACUGCUGGAUGCUGUGUUGCAGUACGAGAACCUAACUGCCAAUCAGACCUCUCAAGACAUUUUCUUCCCAGCAGUCGAUGGAGACUUCCUCCCCGCCGCGCCGUCCAAUCUUGUCCGAUCAGGACGAUUUCACAGGAACGUCUCUAUCAUUGCUGGAUGGAACUACAACGACGGCAGCAUUUUCGCGAGUCCUCUCUUGAACAGCUCCAGUGCAGUGCAAGGUUAUCUCAUGGCUUCAUAUCCACAUCUCAACGCUACAACCAGGAAGACCCUGACAUCUCUGUAUCCAGUCAACGACUUCCUGGCAACAGCAGCAGCUGGUCAGACCUCGCCAUACUACCUUCAAGCAGCGCAGAUAUAUCGAGACGUCAACUUUGCCUGUCCAGCAAUCGACGUCGCGCACCACGUUGCGCAGUACAGCGGCAAAAGCUAUCUUUACGAGCUCAAUGAGACGACCUUCGGUACUUUGCUGCAGCUGUCCGGCGCUGGCUUUGAAGGUGUGAUCCACGUCUCUGAUGUGCCCUUUGUGUUCAAUAAUGCCAACUUGGGGCUCGGCAUCACCACUGCGCAAAAGGUGGUCCAGACCAGGAUGUCUGGUAGUUGGGCACAUUUUGCCUCAACAGGCAACCCAAGUGGCAACGUCUCAAUUACUUUGGCAAAUUGGACACAGGCAUACAACAAGACACAGGCGGCCGUGAAAGGCCAGACUGUACAAGCAGUGAGUGUGAGGGUCAUUGGAGGACCAGAUGCAGGGCAACAUGAAUGGAACAUGGCCGCUCAAGGCGGAGCAGAGUCUCAGCUGCUGAAGAGGUGUGCCUUCAUCAACUCAGUGAGCUUCUAUGAGCAGCUUCAGACGUAGAUAGGCGGGAAAGGGGAGAGAUGUUGUAGGAUCUGUCAUUGCCACUUGCUUAAAAAAGUGAGGUAUUACCCCCAGGCUGUCUGCGAAGUGACUUUGACGAGAG